AUGAGGAAGGGGCUUACGCAGACCGUGCGUCGCUCACUCAGCCAUGCAUCGCCGCCCCCAACGACCCAGAUAACAACCCUCCCCAACAAAAUCCGCGUCGCCACAGAGAGCACCCCAGGCCACUUCUCCUCCGUUGGUCUCUACGUCGACGCCGGCUCUCGCUAUGAGACUCCCGUCACCUCUGGUGUCUCCCAUUUCUUGGAUAGAAUGGCGUUCAAGAGCACACUGACCAGGUCAGACGAGCAAAUGGCGUCCGACAUCCACUCGCUCGGCGGCCAGAUAAUGUGCUCGUCCUCGCGCGAGUCGAUCAUGUACCAGUCCUCGCACGCACACAAGGGCACACCUCUCGCCCUCUCCCUCAUAGCAGACACCGUUCUCAACCCCGCAUUUCGCGCUGAAGAGCUCGAGGCUCAGCGCGAUGCAGCCUCAUACGAAAUCCGCGAGAUCAACGCAAAGCCCGAGAUGAUUCUCCCCGAGAUCCUUCACGCCGUCGCCUACAACAACCAGGGACUCGGCAACCCCCUGCUCUGCCCCGAAGACCGCAUCCCGGCCAUGAACGACGCCCUGCUUCGGCAUUCAAUAACAGAAUGGUACCGCCCCGAGCGUAUGGUCAUCGCCGGCGCUGGUAUGCCCCACCAAGAGCUCGUCGAGCUUGUCGACAAAUACUUCUCCUCCCUCAAGCCUUCCUCCGCUACCGCAUCACCUCAAGCACAGACGUCCCGUAUUAGCGGCAGUGCGCCUGUCCCACCGCACCUGCUAGGCCCAUCCACCCCCGGGGUCGCUAAAUCCCUCACCCGUGCCGCAUCCUACCUCUUCCCGCAGUCCCUCACCUCAACCUCCACCGCAAUUCCGAAAUCGCCCACGUCAACAUACACCGGCGGCUACCGCUUCAUCCACGACCCUACACAGGAGCUGAACCACCUAUACAUCGCCUAUGAGGGCGUGGGUAUCAACGACGACGACGUGUAUGCGCUCGCGACGAUGCAAGUUCUGCUUGGCGGCGGCGGCUCCUUCUCCGCGGGCGGCCCGGGCAAGGGCAUGUACUCGCGCCUCUACACUCACAUCCUCAACUAUUACACCCAGAUCGAGCAUUGCGCAUCGUUCCACCACAUCUACAACGACUCGUCGCUCUUUGGUUUGUUUGCGUCCUUUGUCCCCGCGGCGUCGGGCCUGUCGGGCGGUAAUACGCCUGCGCAGAUUUUGCCUCAUUUGGUGAACCAGUUGAGUAUGCUGUUGUAUUCGCCACUGCCCGAUGUUGAGCUGCAGAGAGCGAAGAACCAGCUGACGUCGAGUUUGAUGAUGGCGCUCGAGAGCAGGGCGAUCGAGGUGGAGGAUCUAGGCAGACAGAUGCUCGUGCAUAACCGCAAAGUCCCAGUGACAGAGAUGACCGAGCAGAUCAGCAAAGUGACGCAGAACGACAUCAAGCGCGUCGCGAACCGCAUAUUUGGGCCUGACUCGGGUAGCAAGCCCACCGUCGUCUGCAUGGGCCAUGAGGACCUUGGUUCGGCCUGGCGGAAGGACUUUGCUACUUACCGCAUUGCCGAUUAG